AUGCCGAGACUGACCGAGCAUGUCGCGCGUGAGCUUUACUAUGUGAUCGAUCAGCCACCAGCCUUCAUGUCCAAGGAGCUUAGAGAACUACAUGAGCGCAUACUAGCAGUAGGAGACCCAGCAGCUGUUACGCGGGCCGAGAGAAACCAGAUAUCCCACCGCCUUCCCCCCGAGGAGGAAGACCGCCUCUGUCGUGAAAAAGUCGGGCUUUCUCUGCCAGAACUCAAGGACAAGGUCAUGACCAGCGGCGCCGACACGCUCACCGAGGACGAGUGCGCCAUGAUUCUUUUCAGACGCGCGCCCUACUUUGAGAUGGAUCUCUUGCCCGACGAGAAGCGGCUGGUGCAACAAGUCCUCGAGCUCCUGGCCAAUGACUAUGACCAAGAAGUGUGGCGCCGUACGUAUUUUCGCGACAGGGCCUUUGACCAGGUCCGAAAGGAGCGCAAAGCAAAGAUCAAGCAGGAGAAGAAGGCUGCAAUGGAGGCAAAGAUCCAAUCCAUGCGCCCACUCUGGGUGCUCGACAUGUUUGCCGCCAAGCUGCCUCGCUGGGGCUUUGUCGUCUUUCGGACUGCUUACGGCGUGGGAAUGGAUGAUAAAUGGAAACUAUUCACGGCGAUUCAUUCCAUUACUGCAAUGAAACAGUUUCAUUGCUGGUACAGAGCACAAGAACUGAAACGCAAUCUUGAGCCUCUCUUUGUCUCCGAGUCGCAACUUGACGGGGCGGAUAUAGACACGUUGCGACGACGAUUCAAGACAAUGAGGGAGCAGAAUGAGAUCCCCGAAGGCCUAGCAACGGACUGUUUCUUGGUAGUGGAUAAGGAAGUCUUGAAUCACCCGGUUAUAACUUCAAAGACCCAAUAUCAGCCCAAGACACCCGGAGCAGCAGAUGCAUGGGACACGACACUACCGCUGACUGCCGUCGACCCUGAUUAUGAUGAGUCUGCGUCUGUCUCGGACGACGGAGAGUCGUCAGGCUUCAAAGGCACAAUCACGAUUCCGCUGCCCAAAGUCUUUGACUGGCUGUAUUAUUGCUUUCACGCCAAAAGUGAAGAUUGGGAAACGCGUUACAAGAAUACCAUUGGAGGGCCUGCAGAGGCCAUGGUCAGUAUUAUAGAAUCCCCAUUUCCAACUGAUCAAUACUAA